UAGAUGUCAGUUCUUCUUCUGGAGAUUUGCCCAUACAGACACAGACGCAGAAUCUAAAACCUUAGGCUGAGCAAUAUCUCAAUCUCUCCCUGAGCUGGGCAUCCUACACAGUGAACCUAAUCCACUCUACCUUUGACAUCCACUCCAAGAGUGACUGGCUUAGCAAGCAUGGAGGAUUCCUCUGAACAGACUCACUGGGUGUCUCCGGCUCUGCUUGGUUCCGGUCCACUGGGCAGCUUCUCCUCAGAACCUGGCUUACUGCCUCCAGGAGAAGAGGAAGAGCCCUUCUUCUCCAACGCUGAGACUGACUACACCAGCCUGCCCUCCUAUUUCUCUAACCCGGGCCACAACAGAGCUCCAUCGGGCUACAGACACAGCUCAAUUCGCCAGGUGUACUCCUCACCCUCUCUCCUGAGCAACCUGCAGUGGCUGGACGGGUCUGGCAGUCACUCUCUGGGCUCCCCUUACAACCCACCAUCCUCCACCUGGACCAGCAAUCCUUUAGCCAAGACUCUUCUGCACCCACACACCCCAACCUCGCUUUACGCCUCCAGCGCCACUCCCUCUUUCACCCCGAUAGAUGGUUAUUCCUCUCCAGGCAGGGAUGGCAAGGAGAGUCCCAGGUUUCAGGAGGUCUUGAAGGCAGAGCGCUUGAGUCCAUUGGGGGGAGGUGGUGGAAGCAGUUUUCUCAAUCUGACCUCAGCUGCCGGGAGCGUGUACUCAACAUCUCCACACUCCCACUCGCACAUGCUGGGCCCCUACAGCUCCUACAUGACCUCUCCCCAGGACUUCAGCACAGGAGGCAUCUACUCCUCCCAAGGGACAUGGAUGAGCACCUCUUACUCCCCCAAACUACGAAAUAAGAUGAGACUCUCCCCACCAGAGGCCAGAGAAUGUGUCAACUGCGGAGCCACGGCCACGCCUCUGUGGCGCAGAGACGGGACGGGCCACUACCUGUGCAACGCCUGCGGGCUUUACCACAAGAUGAACGGCCAGAACCGACCCCUGAUCCGGCCCAAGAAAAGACUGAUUGUCAGUAAACGGGCCGGAACACAAUGUGCCAACUGUCACACCAGCACCACCACACUGUGGAGACGGAAUGCCGGCGGUGAGCCUGUGUGCAACGCCUGUGGACUCUACUUCAAGCUGCACAAUGUUAACAGACCCCUUACAAUGAAGAAAGAUGGGAUCCAAACACGAAACCGCAAAGUGUCAAACAAGAACAAGAAGGGCAAGAAGAGCUCAAUGUUAGAGCAGUACUCCAACCUUUCCCAGGGUCCCGCCCUCAACGACCAUGGGAGCCCCUACUCCCUGGGCCCCGGGUCACUGCUCUCCUACAGCCACAACCCUCACCUGCUCUCCCCACCAACCGGCCUACAUCAGUCUGCCAACCUGUCAUAUGCCCACCACCCAAACCCUGGCAUGGUGCCCACGUUAGUGUGAGAUAGAUCCCGGAACACACAAGACCUACUGUAUAGGCAAUAUAGAGACACAAGCUAGCCUGCUGGUUAAUUCAUUUGUUUUGAUGUCCUGUAUAUUAAUUCCUUUGUACUUGUUUAUUUACCAAUUUUGCGUGAAAAGUUGAUCUUUGGCUCGAUUAAAUCCUUAGUGCAGAAUAUCUACGUAGUGCAUAGUGCAGUUCAAAUAUCAUGGUAAUGUAGUCUCUAUUAACUUGGAAAACCUUUGCUUUGAAUGUCACCCCAAAUAUAAAUUCACACAUAUAAACGUCUGAACGUUUUUUUUGGGAUUUUCCCCAAAAUACCCAUUUAGUUUUGUGUAUGUAAAUUAAUCAUGUAGGGACAAACAUACAUUGAGACAAAUGUAUGAACACGCCUUUGGACAAAUUACAAGAAAACAGUUAUUUGGAAAGUAGAACAUUUUUCAUGUUAACUCUUCAAAAUGUUCAGAUGACCCAGACACAUUUCAUACGUGAUAUUCUGAGCUUCACAUGAUUACUUCUGUAACCAGUGGCAAUGGAACCGAGGCCUCCCAUGAAAGAACUCAACAACUUAACCAUAAAAGCAGAAAAUGUGUAUAUUUUUCAAUUAUCAAAAUAGCCACUUCAAUUCGUAAUGUCAGAUUUUCAGAUUUUUGAAAAAUGUAAGUUAAUUACAUUAAUCAAAAGAUAGAUGUGAUUAAUCACAACUGAUUGCAACUUCUAGUAUCUAAAAUAUUGUUGCAAUGUAAAAAAAAUUGUUUUAUAGAAAGUAUAACAAAAAUAUGGACAACUUCAUCCUGCCCAAAUCAACGGUUACGGUUAUCAAGACAAUUGACAGAGCACACUUUCUUUAGUCUCCCUGUUAUUUUGAUAUUGAAUUACAGAUAAAAUAAUAUAAUAUAAAUCAGACCAAUAAGUCACUGCUUCACAGUUCUGAUGUAAUCCAGGUUCUAAUCCUGCAGGAAUGUAGGACAGACCAAUAUUUGACUAUCCUGUGCCGGCUGGGAGUAGACUCAAACAAGGCCUUAAUCUUAAAUUGCACAUCAAAAAUGUUGGAGGGAAGAUAUGUAUAAUGUAUUAUGUCUUUGGAUGUUUUCAGUGUAUGGUGAAAGCGCCGUGUUUAACAUUUUUAGUGGUCUGGGGGGGUCCAGUGAUCCAGACCCCUGCCUCAGGUUCACAUGUACCAUUGAAGGAUGGGAAGGAUGGGAUGAGUCUGGCCCACUGCUCUUUCAGCAUCUUUCCACACUGUCUACGAAAGGAUAAAAAUGGCUGAAAAUAUCUCUUAAAAGUACUUAAAAAAAUGAAACAUUUCAUUAUUUCUAUAAUUUUAGUAUUUAUUCAAUUGUGAUUUUCACAUUGUUUCAUACUUUUACAUGUGGAGAUUUCAGAAAUCUAAAAACAUGAUGUUCACAUGUGAAAUCUUCUAACAUGUUAAAUUUACCACAAAUGCAAUUCAUAUGUGCAACCCAACCCAACCCAACGUGAGGUAUGAACAGAUUUAU